AUGAACCCCCUGCAUUCAGUCUUCUUUAAAAAUGCCACUAUAGGCAAUAUUGUGAAACCUGACUUCUUUUUCCUAAGUGGUUUUGCCGGUAUUCCACACACAAAAUACUACUAUGUCUUCUUGUGCUUUGUGUAUGCUGUGACUGUAGUGGGAAACAUUUUUGUCAUGUUUGUGAUUUACACUGACCACUGUCUCCACAGUCCAAAAUACAUUAUAGUUUUUAAUUUAGCUGUGUCUGACUUGUGUGGAAGCACUGCAGUCAUUCCUCAGGUGAUUGACACCUUCCUCUUGAAAUCACAUAUAAUCUCUUUCAAGGUUUGCUUGACUCAUAUGUUUUUUGCUUUUUGGUUUGUCACCAUGGAGUCUCUGACUCUCACUUUUUUGUCCUAUGAUAGGUAUGUUGCUAUAUGCCAUCCACUGAGAUACAAUGAGAUUGUGACAACACUUUUUAUUGUGAUUACGUACAUUUGUAUAGGCAGAGCAUUAUUAAAAAUUGCGACAACCUCAGAGCGCCUCAAAGCCAUGAAAACCUGCACCUCUCAUUUGAUGUUGGUGAGUGCGUUUUAUCUUCCUUUAGGUUUCGCCCUUGUACUGGGCUCUACCAUUCACCAGAACGCCAGGAUCCUUAAUAUGUCACUGGCGACUGUCUUGCCACCUAUGCUGAAUCCAAUCAUUUACUCUCUGAAGACAGACGAAUUCAGAGAAUCCAUUCAGAAGCUUUACAGAAGAAGGAAGAUACACAUCAAUGGCAGCAAUAAGUGA